ACGAGGACACAUUCUCUUUGUGGAAAAGUAAAAGUCAUUGGAGAUGUCUCAGUUGUUGCGCAAACUUUUCUCACUACGCACUAUGAUCUGACAGGAAGUGACGACAUUUAUCAGAACGAGGAAGGAGGUGUGUGUUUAGGCAAGUGUUUAAAAGGUGUUGCGUUGGUUGUGGCGUUUGAGCUGGGAUUCAAGGUUCUUCCAACAUGCAGGUCAAAAUGAAUCUGUUUGGCUGUUGUGGGCUGAUACUGGCAUUUCUCUUGAGCUGCUCAGAAGCCAUGCAGAGAGCUGUUUCUCCCCAAGGAACAGACUGUACACAGAUUAAGAUUCAAUCACCACAAGCAUCCAGUGGGGUUUAUGUGAUCCAACCUACUGGAAUCAAGUACUCUUUCAAGGUGUAUUGUGAGAUGCGUCCUGAUGGAGGCUGGACGGUGUUUCAGAGACGCACUGGAGGAGCGGUGACUUUCAACAGAAAAUGGGCAGCAUAUAAAAAUGGCUUUGGAAACCUGACACAGGACCACUGGCUGGGUCUGAGGAAGGUUUUUGUCAUUACCAAAAACAAAUCCAAGAAGUGGACCCUGAGGGUGGACCUAUGGGACCAUGAAGAUGGCUCUGCUUUUGCUGAGUACAAGAACUUUAGACUGGGAAAUGAGAAAAGCGCUUUCAAACUGCAAGUUGGGAAAUACAGUGGGGAUGCAGGUGACGCCAUCCGUGGUGCCUAUGCAGGAAUCGACCAAAACGGCUUUGGCUUCAGCACCACUGACCGUGACAAUGACGGCUGCUCUCCAUGUAUAUUUGGUGACAUUGCUGAAGCAGAGUGUGCCUCCUCAGAGGGCGGCGGCUGGUGGUACAGCCGGUGUGGCUCUGCCAGUCUAAAUGGUGACUGGCAUCCUUCUGGUAACCACAUUGGUUGGGCUUCAGGCCUCCACUGGCUCACCUGGAAACCUCCUGCACCCUACUCAGCCAAGGCCUCCAGAAUGAUGAUCAAGUCUAUGUGAGAGGAUCUCUGGCUGUUCUGCUAAAUUUCUAAAUAUUGAGAUCACUUAUUUCCAACCAUACUUGCACAUGUGGAAAAAAAAAAAAAAAAAAAGUUAGAGGAAUAUGUGAAAAAAAAAUCCCUCAUGGGUGUAGGUCUUUGCAUGCCAGUUUCAGUUUCCAUCAUAAAUAAAACAUAUUUUACUUGUCUUUGUUUUUCUGCACGUCUGCUACAUCAACAGGUUGGAGUUGUUGUCUUAUGGUGUCAGUUCAUUUCAGGAUUAAAAGUGUUUCUGAGAUAUCUGUAAGAAUAAUAAAAAGUUUCUCCAUGAAAAUCUG